AUGGCUUUAGGAAACAAUACCCAGAGAAGUUACUCCAUCAUCCCCUGCUUCAUCUUUGUUGAGCUUGUCAUCAUGGCUGGGACUGUUCUGCUUGCCUACUACUUCGAGUGCACCGAUACUUUUCAGGUGCACAUCCAAGGUUUCUUCUGUCAGGAUGGGAAUUUGAUGAAACCAUACCCUGGAACAGAGGACGAGAGCUUCAUUUCACCUCUUGUGCUCUACUGUGUGCUGGCUUCAACUCCAACAGCUAUCAUUUUUAUUGGUGAGAUAUCCAUGUAUUUCAUAAAGUCAACCCGAGAAACCCUAAUUAUUCAAGAGAAAACUAUCUUGACUGGAGAGUGCUGUUACCUGAACCCACUGCUUCGAAGAAUAAUACGUUUUAUAGGAGUGUUUGCGUUUGGACUUUUUGCCACUGACAUAUUUGUAAAUGCUGGCCAGGUUGUGACUGGGAACUUGGCUCCCUACUUCCUGACCGUAUGUAAACCCAACUACACUGGAAACGACUGUCGGGCCCACCACCAGUUCAUAAACAACGGCAACAUCUGCACUGGGGAUGUGGAGGUGAUUGAAAAGGCAAGGAGAUCCUUUCCAUCCAAACAUGCUGCUUUGAGCAUCUACUCAGCUUUAUAUGCCACGAUGUACAUCACAAGCACAAUUAAAACAAAGAGUAGCAGGCUAGCCAAACCUGUCCUGUGUCUGGGUACCCUGUGUGCUGCGUUCCUCACUGGGCUAAAUCGAGUUUCUGAGUAUCGAAACCACUGUUCGGACGUGAUCGCAGGCUUCAUCUUGGGGAGUGCUGUAGCUUUGUUUCUGGGGAUAUGUGUUGUCCAUAACUUUAAAGGCACUCAUGGAUCUCCUUCCAAACCGAAGCCUGAAGACCCACGAGGAAUGCCGCUAAUGGCUUUUCCAAGAGUGGAAAGUCCUCUGGAGACAUUGAGUGCGCAGAAUCACUCUGCCUCUAUGACUGAAGUAACCUGAGAUGGAAGAUUGGCAAGAGAAGCUAUUUUUUAUUACCCUCCAGUACAAUACUCCAAGACACACAGUUACUGAAUGUCUAACUGUGAUGACCAGUAUUAUGUUAUGUCUAGUUAGAGGCUAAUGUUUUGUACUUUUUUUUGUAUGAGGAAGUGAUGUAGCUUGCCCUGAUUUUUUGUCAGCUUUAAUAUUAUUAUGCCAGAAUUUAAAAGCAAAAUGGAAAAAGAACAAAAAAAACUUCUCUUGUUUAAAGUGUGCACUGAGGAACUACAUCUAUGGAAUUGUUGAUGUUGUUAUGUGAUAUUUGUACACAAAUUUUUUUCAUUUUUGAAUUUAUAUAUCUUGAAAAAAAAAUUCACUUUUAC